AUUUCUCAGCAUUGUCUGAACGACUGUGCAGGACUCACGGGUUAGUCGCGUAUCAUCGAGCUUCCGACGCCGGUCAUAAUAAUAAUAGCCUAUACAUAGGUAAAUUACGAUUAUGUCGAAAUUCUUAUUAUUGACUCUCGUGUAUACAUUAACGGCAUUGCAUAAUGGCAAAGGCUUGGCCGCGCUCCCCGGAGACAUCAAUAACGAAAACGGCGGUACAAGUUACCGUUUGCCGGAUAGCACGGAACCAGUGUCUUACGACUUGCGGAUAACGCCCGACAUCGAAAAUCGCUCUUUUCUCGGUCAAGUCGACAUCGUCGUGAAGGCCAAACAGUACACGACGGAGGUAAUCCUUAACUCGAAGGAUUUGAUCUUGUCGUCCGUUCCAAGGUUUCAGGACUUGAAGACGAACCGGAGCAUUGAGAUAAAGAGUUACGCGUUCGACGAGCGCAACGAAUGGCUGGUCGUCAAACUCGAAAAAUCAAUUAUUCCGCCGCGGCUCUACAAGUUUACCGUCGUAUUCAGCGGAAUCCUGAGAGACGACUAUACCGGAUUUCAUAAAUAUUUCUACGACUCCGGCAAUCACUCGAGAUGGAUAGCUUUAACUCAGUUCAAACCGAUUUACGCCAGACGAGCAUUUCCAUGUUACGACGAACCAAAAUUCAAGACUCCAUACAGGAUAUCGAUCGGCAGGCAAAACCAACAUUCUGCGUUGUCCAAUAUGCCCCUUAAUUUCAGUGAAAUCCAUCCACAAAACGGUUGGGUUUGGGAUCACUUUAAAACUACAAAACCAAUACCCACGUAUUUAGUGGCUUUUAUGGUAUCGGAUUUUGACAAAAACUAUAUAAACGGCGACAAUAUUGCCAUGCACACGCGUAAAGAGUAUAUCGAAUAUACAACGUAUAUGAUGGGAAAAGCACCAAACUUACUCAGAGGCGUGGAAACGUUCACUCAAAUACCGUAUAUGUUACCAAAGUUGGAUUUGGUCGGCGUUCCUUUACUGAACGCUUACAGCAUGGAGAAUUGGGGACUGAAUUCUUACGAAGAAUUUUACGUUACCUUAUCAAAAGAUUCACAAACAGAAGACAAAAUACAGGGGUCCAUGACCGUUCUACACGAGAUCCUACACCAGUGGUUCGGUAACAUGGUGACCACUCCUUGGUGGGACAACGCGUGGUUGAACGAGGGCAUGUGCAACUACUUGAACUAUUACAUAACGAGUAUAAUCGAGCCCGAAUGGGACAUGGAACAAUCGUUCGUAGAGAACGUUCACCAAUACGCAUUGUCUUGGGACGAAUACGACGAUACGCAUCCUUUGACGUUCGCAGUGUCGUCUCCCGACGACAUCGAAAAUGCUUUUGACACCAUAACAAUCGAUAAAAGCGCGGCGCUUUUUAGGAUGUUAAAAUGCGUGGUGGGCGAAGAGAACUUCAGGACUUCGGUAAACAAAUAUCUCAAUGAUUUUGCGUACAUGGAAGCGGAACCGGAAGACUUGUGGGAUACGUUUAAUUACGUGCUGUACGACACCGAUAACUUAAUCGAAGAUGAUAUUACGAUAAAUAAUUAUAUGGAUUUGUGGACGAAACAGCCCGGAUAUCCGCUGAUAACGGUGAAGUCGGCGAAUAAUGGUUCAGUUGUUGCAUCACAGAAACGUUUUUCUCUAUCGAAUCCGCGCCGGACCACCGACAACGUAAAAUGGUUUGUGGGCUUGACGUACACCACCGAGACCGAAAUGGACUUCGAAGAGCUCACGCCGACCGUUUGGAUGAAACCCACCGAGCAGCGUACGGUAUUGACCGUUCCCGAAAAUUUCGGAUGGAUAAUCGUCAACAUCCAAUCGACCGGGUUUUACAGGGUGAAUUACGACGAAAAAAAUUGGAAACUGCUGUUGAUCCAGUUGAUAACAAAUCCCGACCGGAUACACGAGCUAAACAGAGCGCAAAUCGUAGACGACGUGUAUCACCUGUGCCGAGCCGCGCUGGUGCCGUACGAUUAUUACAUUUCGCUGCUGGAGUACCUGUUGAUGGAAGACCACGUGACGCCUUGGAACACGGCCAUCACCGGUUUAUCGUCGACCAUGGACUCCAUCCGGCGAUAUCCCACAGAAUAUUUAAUGUUCAAAAAAUACGCAAAGGGCUUGGCGGACAUUUUGUACGACAAAUUAUCAGAAGACCGGAUCCAAAAUGCGACGACGAAAAUCGGUUGGAGCAGACUGUUGACGUGGACGUGCAGCGUGGGCAACUCGCGUUGCGUGAAAUCUGCGUCGAGACACUUUGACGCAUGGAUGAACGGACACGAGAUACCAUAUGAAAUGGAAGAAGCUGCCCUGUGCGCGGGCGUGAAAAAAGGAAAUAUCGCUGCUUUGUCGAAGAUUCACAAGCUCUAUAGCACGACGCGAUCACCAUCACAGAAAAAAAUCAUUCUGCGAGCAUUGGCUUGUACCGACAACAUCAAAAUGCUGUUGAGUCAUCUGGAUCUGAUGCGAUUGGAUGACGUGGACCAUGGAAGCCUGCAAUCUUUCAAAACCGUUUGCGACAACGUCGUGACCACACCAGUGGGCGUUAAAGCUCUUUCCAGUUUCCUGAUACAGAAACUGAACGCGAUUCAAUCGUCACCGAUUCGCGAUAACCCGAACAAGUACAUUGUUGUUGCGUACUCAGCAUUAGCGCCCAAAGUAGCGACGGACGACGAAAUCGCUGUUAUGGACAAGAUAAGGCGAUCUGUCAUAUCAGCCGACCUGAAAAUCGUGCUAGACGAAAUUUAUCAGAAAAUCGAAUCAAAUUUGUUGUGGAUGGAGCGAGAUCAUAAAAAAAUCAUUAGAGCAAUCAAAAUCCGAGAAAAAGUCGGGAGCCACUAAUAAAAUAGAAUUUUGAUUACAUUACUAGCAUAUUAUAUAUUGUAAUAUACUAUGUAGGCAACAGAGCUGUAUUAUCUUAUUAUAUUUUUAUACAACACUAAA